AUGCAAAUUACAUCGAAAAACUGUCAGUUCAAUCGCAAACUCGAUGGCUUGUCAAAUGACACGGAUUAUCCGACCAUGAAACAACCUGGGAGCGUGAAAAAGACAUCAAGUAUGUGUCGGACUAGAAGCGUCACGCUAAUAUUUCAAAUAGCCACUCAGUGGCCAGCCUGGUACGUGCUAGGCUGGAGCAACAACAUGUUUGCGCUCCACGUUGUAGUUCGAAUUCAACUUUAA